AUGGCGGACGGAGGCGAUUCUCUGGCGGUUGCCAUGGAGGAUCUCGGCAUCCUGGGUCCUUCUGGGGUUUCUCGAGGCAGCUCCACAGCGCAGCAGCGCGUGAACAGCUGCCUCAAGGAGUUGGGCAAGGUGGUAUUUGGAGUCCAGGACAUUGCACUGUUAGAACAUGGUUGCAAGGCCUUGGAGGUAGACAGUGACAAGUCCUUGAUGAUCCGCGAUUGUGGCCACCAAGAAUUUGAAGACAUCAUACGGGUUCCCCUCAAAGCGCUAGGUAAGUUUGAAGUGGCUGGGAAGGCCUCCCUGGAGGAGGGCAGACCCAAGGCGGCCAUCAUUCGCUUGGCUAAAGACCAUUAUGACUGGUCCCUCCCCAGGGAGAUCAAAGGCCAGGGCGCUGGGUGGAGAGUGGUCUACACGCCCAAAUGGCAGGACAUCCAAUUCCUCGCCAAACUCCAUUUGUUCCUUUGGGCUGGGUAA